UUUAAAAGAUACAUCGCCAUAUUCUCCUCUCUGAUUUCUAGGGUUUCGUUUGAAAAAUCGACAAUGUCGAUUACUGUUAGUGUUUCCUCUCCGCUCUCUCUUUCUAAGUCGGCCACUACUACUUGUAGCUCUCUACUUCAAGAAUUGCAGGAAAUAUGGGAUGAGAUUGGGGAGAGUGACAGUGAGAGGGACAAAAAGCUUCUUCAAGUUGAGCAGGAAUGCCUCGACAUUUACCGUAGAAAUGUAGAUAAAGAGAGAAAAUACAAAGCUGAGCUGCAUCUGUCAUUAGCUGAGGCUGAUGCAGAAAUUUCCAAACUUGUAUCUGCCCUUGGAGAACAAGUUUCUUUGCCAUUGUCUGGAAAGAUGAAAGGUACCCUGAAGCAGAAAUUGGCUGUUAUUGAUCCUGUGUUAAAAGACAUAAGGACAAAGAAACAUGAAAGGAUUAAAGAGUUCUUGAAUAUAGAAACACAGAUAGCAGCGAUUUGUGCAGAAAUAGCAGGAAAUGACACAGUAAUUAGUCCCACAGAUAUUCAUGUAAGUGAACAAGACUUGACCGCUAAGAGAUUGGGAGAACUGAAGUCACAUCUUCAGGAACUUCAGUCUGAAAAGAACCUGCGUUUGCAACGAGUCAAUAGCUAUAUGAGCGCAAUUCAUGACCUUACAGUAGUUAUGUCACUUGAUUUCAAGAAUAUAAUAGCUAAUAUCAAUCCAAGCUUGGCGAAUCAUUUGAAUGUACAAUCAAAGAGCAUAAGCAAUGAAACACUUGCUAGCUUGACAAGUGAAGUCAAUUCACUGAAGCAAUUGAAACAGCAGCGGCUAGAAAGGCUUCAAGAUCUUGGCAGCUCUCUAAUAGAACUUUGGAACCUCAUGGACAUGCCAAUGGAGGAACAACUGAGGUUUAACCAUGUUACUUCCUUAGUUUCUUCCUCUGUUGAUGAGAUAACUAGACAAGGAUCCCUUGCCAUUCACAUUGUUGAGCAGGCUGAAGUGGAAGUUGAGCAUUUAAAUGCUCUAAAGACCAGUAAGCUGAGAGAAUUGAUAUUUAAGAGACAAAAUGAGCUCGAGGAAAUCUAUAGGAAUGUUCAUAUGGAUGUAGAUAGUGAGACUGCACGCCAGAUUUUAAUCCAGCUUAUGGACUCUGGCAGUGAUCUCUCUAAUCUGCUUUCAAGCAUGGAUGAUCAGGUGGUGAAAGCCAAAGAGCAAGCUUCAAGCAGGAAAGAAGUAUUAGAUAAAGUGGAGAAGUGGAAACAUGCUUCUCAAGAGGAAAGUUGGCUUGAUGAGUAUGAAAAGGAUGAUAAUCGUUAUAGUGCUGGGAAAGGUGUUCACAUCAAUUUGAAACGUGCAGAGAAAGCACGGAUUUUGGUCAGCAAAAUACCAUCUCUUGUUGAAAACUUGACUGCCAAGAUAAAGGCCUGGGAGAAGGAGAGAGGAAUGCCAUUUUUGUAUCACAAAGCCCCUCUAUUGCAUACUUUGGAAGAGUACAUCAUCUCGCGACAGGAAAAACAAGAAGAGAAACGUAGAUCUCGGGAACAAAAGCGGCUCCAAGAUCAAUUUGCUGUAGAACAAGAAACAAUCUACGGUUCAAAGUCUGCCAAGAAACCUCUGGGUAAUGCUAACACAGUGCCCGGAACUCCAAAUAGUCGACGUAUGUCUACACCUUCAGGUCGUUAUGGUGCAUCCAUAGGGGAGGAAAAGAGAGGAAGUGGUCAUGUUGGUGCUGCAAUACCCGUAAACUAUGUAAGCCUUGCAAAGGAUGAUCAGAAAUGUGGAUGACUUUAGGACUGUAAUUUUGACUUGUAGAAAGGUAUACAUAUCUGCUGAUUUUGCACAUGCUAAACCCACUGAUCCUCUGUGAGGUAGUAUAGCAUAUAUUAGAAUAAUGGGCAUGAAAAUGCACAUAUCAUCCUCUUCAUUUUCUUUACAGCAACUUUU